AGUCGCAGAAUUUCCAUUGUGCUGCUGAAAAAAAGCAAGUGAUCUAAUUGUGUUUCUCUAAUUCACCGCUAGCAGUAGGUUCUAGCCGAUGUUAAAGUAAAGUCAAUUAUAAAAGUGCACCGAACGAAUAUCCCCUACUUAGAACGAAAGACAAUAACAGUCUGGCUAAUGUGUAGGUGAAAGUUUUUACUCUCCGAACGAAAACAGACCUAAAAACCUAAAUGAUGAAAUUGAAAUAUCUGGUUAUACUUCUCUCGGUGAUCUACCUGCACAGUAGCGUCGUCCUGGCGGAAGAUUCAUCCGAAGAAAUAUAUUCUUCCGAAUCGUCUUCCGAUGAGGUGAUGGAAAAUGAAGCUGUAGAGGAAGACACAGAGUUCGAUCUACUAAUCUUCACCCAGCGGUGGCCUAUUACGGCGUGCUACGAAUGGCGUGAGAAGAGUGCAAGUAACAUAUGCGGUUUACCUUCACCGAAAAAUGUCUGGACCAUCCACGGCAUCUGGCCUACCAAGAAGGGCACCAUCGGCCCGAGCUUUUGCAACAAAACGGCCCUAUUCAAUGUAACGGAACUAGAAUCAAUAGAACAGCAGCUGGAACAGUUUUGGACUAACGUGGAGAAAAAUAAACCCUAUGACUCCCUUUGGCGCCAUGAAUGGCUUAAGCAUGGAACUUGUGCUGCAGCUGUACUGAAUCAGUUGAACAAUGAAAACAAAUAUUUCGGUCAGGGUCUCUCUUGGCUUCAACAGCAUUCCAUGGCCGAUAUCUUGACCGAGGGUGGAAUUACACCGGGCAUGAACUUCACCGUCAUCGAUAUCCACAAAGUUUUGAUGGAUAAAUUGCAGAAAAACGUUGCCAUAGAAUGUUUUCACGAUAAGGAGACAAAGCUUCAAUUUUUGAAUGAAAUUCGCAUUUGCUUCGACAAGAACCUCGAACUGACCGAUUGUGAUGGAAUCCGAUUUGAAGAAGUUACAAUCAAUUAUCCUAGCGAAACAAUUAUCACCAAUUGCAACAUGAACAAAGAAAUCGUGUACCCAGGAACCGUGCCACUGUCCAGGUUUGACAAAACGCACAUGUCCCCAUAUGAUCUGCAUCGAAAGUUUCUAGAGGAAUAUAAUCGUAAAAAAUCUGAUGAGAACAGAACCAUGAGACUGCUGGUGAAUGUAUAUAAGUUGAUUCAACUGUUGAAGUGGACGACAAUUUGAACUUUCUAAAACGUUCUUAAGGUGAUAAUCUGACCUAGGAACUCUUUAUAAUUAUUUACCUUUGUUGUAACUCUUUGCUUAGAAUUAAUUACUAACCAAUGUCGUGAACGUCCACAUUAUUACACGUUUGAUCAAACUCUUCUGUUUUUCUAAAGUGAUUUAUUUUCCACAUUAAAAUUUUCUCGUGCAGCAAAAAUUUGUCUGGUAUAUUUGCGUGCAUUUUCUAGGUUUCGCUAAAAACUCAGACGGUUCUUUUUGUAAUCUUUUCUUAAAAAAACUUCAAUAUUUACAAUUUUCUGCCCGAAUUUAUAUAAGUUAUUCAGCUUCAUAGAAAAUCUAGCUUAAGAAUAAGUGAAGAUUCACAGAAUUCUUAGUUUUACGUAAACGCAAUAUCUAAAGCAACGCAUCACAUUAUGUACAACUGUAGAAUUCUACGAAAUGCACCCAUUUCGAUUCAAAGAACAAUUUCGAAUUUCUUUUAUGCGCUCUACAGCUGAAGUUACAAAAUCGUCAUAAAAUAAGGGCAGAAACUCCGCCCAAAGGGUUUUGAACUUUAAGAGAAUGUAAAUAGUAAAUUUUUAGAAGUAAAGUGCACGAUUGGCGUUCAAUCUAUGAUGAUAAGUGAUAAAAAGCGUGAUACAGAUAUCGCAACCAGUCAAGACGUCGUUGCAUUUCUUGUCUGUGUUGUGUCUGUUUGUCUUUGAUUAUACACAAGCGUAAUCAAAACAGCAUCCACUAAGCGGGCGCAUCAGAUAAGCAGACAUUGGUUGCCACACAAAGCAGAAAACAGUGUACUUAAUUUGCCCUCGUCAUUUGCCUCCUACUGAAGCAAUUCAUAAAAUAGAUUAUUUUUUCAAGCAAAGAAAACAGUUCGUCUGUUUAUCUGAUAUGUUGCGGUGCCACUAAAAGACAAAAUUAAAUGCUUUCUUUCGACUGACAUACAAAUGUUACUUUUUGAAGAAAAUUAAUAAAUAUCCGAAA